AGCAGAGACAAGACAUAUCCAAGCAGCCAAACAUGCACUUCGAGGUUCUUAGGGUUUUAAAUACCAAUUCAAUCGAGAGCGAAAAACUAGGGUUUUGAGAGUUAGCUAGGGUUUUAGGGUUUGAUACAAAGAAGAAGAAGAAGAAGCAAAAGAAGAGGAAGAAGAAUGGCGAAGUCGAUGAGAUCAAAGAGAGAGAAGAGGCUGAGGGCGAUUAGGAGAGAACUGGUUGAACCCUUGUACGAUGCCAAAGACGCUGCUAAGCUCGCUGCCCAAGAAGCCGCUCUCGCCGCCCCCAAGCUUCCCGUCCGCCCCACUCCCUCCACCUCCACCUCCAUAGCUGCGGAUGCCGCCACCGCCAUCACCUCUGCUAUGGACCUAACGGUCACUUCCAUGGAUGUGGAGAUGGACGAUGGCAAUCAAAGCAGGGCGGCCCUGAAGCCUGUUGGUGGAAUAGGAAAGAAGGCACAAAAAAAAUUCAAGAUGGCUAAAGCUAAGCGUCGAGGCAAGGGCAAAGGCAAUAUCAGAAGAAAGCAUGUUUAAUUGCAUAUGUGACUGAUAACGGUGAUGAUAUUUCUUUUUCAUGUAUCAAUAUUCUAUUGUUCGCUUAGAUGGACAAUGUGACUAACUUGAUACUCGAGUUUUUUUUAUUUAUUUAUUUUUGUUUCUUUUAUAA